UCUCUCUGUGAGAGCAGCCUGUUCUGGCAAACUGCAGUCGUCAGAAAGAGCUACAAAAGGAAGAACUGACUUCAUAUUGUGGAAGAAGCCCCUCAGCCUCCAAUCCAUCUGGAACAACACCUUCACAUCAGAGCUGAGAAUGCCCAGUUUGGACACACUGAAUGAAAUGACCCAUCUGAGGUCAUCUGGGUUUGGUCAGCCUUGGCCCAGACACGGACUCAAACUGCUCUACUGGUUCGCCACCGAGUGUGUCAGUUUUGAUGAAAACUAUGAGAUGAUUUCAAGUUGCAAUCCGGAGGAAGGACAUUACGGUUUCCACCAUUUUUGGAACAGACCUGACAGAGAUGGUGUCCAACUCCUGCCUGAUGUGGAUUUCAAUUACUAUGAGGUGGGCAAUCUGCACUCUCCAGGAGCACAUCAGCUGCCUCAUUAUGUUACUGAGGUCAAAACCCAUCAACAAGGCAGCAAUACGGACCGUAUCAUUGUUAGUCGUGACGAUGUGUGGUUUGAUAAAGUUUACAUCACAACACACAGAGACGAGUCAAACUUUGACAUUGACAGCACGUACCGCAUCAGCAAGGGCCUGCUUAUGAUCAUCAGCCGGCUGACCUUGGAGGGGUUUCUGGAUGAGAUGGGUUACAGGAGGCACCCAGUGGACAGAUCCUACACUCAACCCAUUAGUACAACAGAUAAUAGCGCAACCAGAAACCAAGCCUGCUGGAUUGACAUGGAGUCAUCGUCUUCCGCACAGAAAAAGGACGUCCAGAAUACUAAGAGGACAAACCAGCAGCUACACGAUUCAGCCAGUAGCCGAGGAUUCUGGGAAACAAUCUGUACAAUCCUUUAAUGCUUAUGUGUCACUGGUUUUGCCACUGGUUUUGAUAGCGAAAGCAUACUGUAAUUGAGCUUGAGUUUCUGACACAUAACUUCUGUCAAACAUUCUUAAGUGAUAGUACAUAUGAAUGGAUCCACUGGAUCAUUGAUCAUGUCAAACAUUCUGUCAAAACUUUUUAUCAAAAGCAAAUUUGUGCUUGUAAGUAGAUUUGAAUUUGAGUGAUUGAUUUCAGUUUUUGUGGAACCAAAAAUCAUAUUUUACAUUUUUUUGGUAUGCGUUUGUUAAUUGCAGACCUUAACCUAUUAACACAGAAUGUAAAUUAUUUAACUAACUGUUGUUUUGUCCUGUGUUUUUUUUUUUUUUUUGGGAGGUCUUGCGUAUUUUGAGUGUGCUUAUUCCAGAUUCCAUCCUGAGACUUCAUCUCUUCCGAUCCUCCGCGCUAUGUCUUUGUCUCCUCCCACCCCAGCAACACAGUCAGGAGGAGACUUCCUCACCUUACCCUCUGUUUCGCUAGUCAUGCAAGUUUUUUUAAAACGUAACAAAUGUGCCCUGUUUAGCUUGUUGUUGACCCUGCCUGUACUGGACUUCACUUUAGCCUGUCCCCUAUGAACCAAUAGCGUUGUAUAUAUUGUAAUAUAUUGUGAAUAGUCCGUUUGUACCAGUUGUAGGGAGUGGCUGUCUUUUUAUUUAGGAAUGGGGUUGUCUUUAUGGAUGCCUAGUCAGGGAGGGUUAGCACUCUGUCUUUGUUCUGUCUUUCGUUUAUGGAUAGGGUAACUGAAGUUGUCCUGGAGCUAGUGUUGGGUUUUGUUUGUUGUGUUGGUCUGCUUUCCAGUGUUUUGUGUGUACAAAUUAAUACAUUUUCUAAACCAGAUAAUUCUGACUGGUAUUUUCAUCUGUCACACUCAUUUUGUACCAUGUUGCUGUUUUAAUAAACACCUAUAUAUAUAUAUAUA